AUGUUCAAACGAAAGACAGUAAAUGUUAAUGCAGGCUAUUUAAAACAUUAGCGGCCAUCACACAUGCACGUUAUUACUUUUGUUUGCUAGCUUAACCAACCUAAUUGAUACCCUUCCAAAUUGAAUUUGAUUUCUUGAAACACUGAUGUGCUGUGUGUAGCAAGCCAGUAAAUAUUAAUAUGGACUAUAUACACUUACCGGCCACUUCACUUACUAGUACCGGAUUGGACUCCCUUUUGUCUUUAGAUCUGCCUUAAUUCUUCAUGGCGUGGAUUCAUCAAGAAUGAAGAUGAAGCCUGCCGUGCCACUUCUCCUCCUGGCCCUGCUCGCUGUCACAGGGCUGAGCCAAGCCCAACUCGGGAACUCUUUCCUGGAUUUUUCCUGGAUCCUUCCCAGUCUCAGUCGGCCGGCGAACCACAGCCGCAUCUUCUACGCGGUGAUGUUUGAUGCAGGGAGCACGGGGACACGCAUUCAUGUCUACACCUUCAUCCAGAGCGACUCAGAGCAGCUCCCCAUGUUGGACAAUGAGAUGUUUCAUUCCAUAAAGCCUGGCUUGUCGGCAUAUGUCGACGUCCCUGAAACGGCUGGACAAACAGUGAGGAUGCUGUUAAAGGUAGCCAAGAGGACGGUGCCUCGUGUGGAGUGGAAGAGAACUCCUUUGGUCCUCAGAGCCACGGCUGGACUUCGGCUGCUGCCCACACAGAAAGCUCAGGCUCUUCUGGACCAGGUUCAACACGUGUUUGACGAAUCUCCUUUUUUGGUGUCAGACGACGGCGUCAGCAUAAUGAACGGCAAAAACGAAGGACUCCUGGCUUGGAUAUCGCUGAACUUUCUAACAGGUCACCUGAAAGCGCGAAGCAAGAAGACAGUGGGAAUAUUGGAUCUGGGAGGAGGAUCAACGCAAAUCACUUUCCUGCCCAAACUGAGGAAAACCACUGAAAGUGCUCCUGCUGCUGACUACACUGCUAAGUUUGAUGUCUUAAACUCAACAUUUGAAUUGUACACUCAUAGCUAUCUUGGAAAUGGACUGAUGGCGGCACGGUUGGCCACACUGGGAGCUCUGGGUGCAGAAGGGUUGGAGUGGCAGGUUUUUAAAAGUUCCUGUCUGCCAAAGAAGUUCAGGGAUGAAUGGAGCUUUGGAGGUCUAACCUAUCAAGUGAGCGGGGACCCAGAUGGUUACACAGGAUACAAGCUUUGUUAUCAGGAAGUACUUAAGGUGGUGAAGGGGAUUAUUCAUCAGCCGUACGAGCUUGAAGACUCCAAUGUUUUUUAUGCAUUCUCCUAUUACUUUGACAGAGCUGUGGAUGCGGGCCUUAUCGAUGAGGUCCACGGAGGGAUGCUGGAGGUCAGAGACUUCAAGAAGAGAGCCAAGGAGGUGUGCAAUAAGAUGACCAAGUACCCUCCCAUCCACCCUUUCCUGUGUAUGGACAUGACUUACAUCACUUGUCUACUGAAGGAUGGGUUUGGCUUUAAAGAGAACACAGUUUUGCAGCUAACCAAGAAAGUGAAUAACGUGGAGGCUAGCUGGGCACUGGGUGCUACAUUGGAUCACUUCCACUACCUGAAGAUUCACUGAGAAGUGAGGAGCGUACACUGACAACGAGAAGCUGAUUUUAGGUGGCGCUCACUAACCACACUCAAGUAAUGUGCACUACCUUAUCUAAGAGCAGCAGACAGCUGGUGUUGGUUUUAUAAGGGCAGAACUAACCUCAUGAGUAAUUCUUAAUUUCUUUUAAAAAGCAAUUAUUCUCAAGUGUUAAUAUAUUGAGCUAUAUAUGAGCAAUGCAUUGCCCCACUCGGAGAACAAGUGAAGCACAAGAGGCUGAAUGAAACAUUUUACCAAUAACAUACUCUGUUAAUGCACCUCUGGGGAUUAGUGGAUAUAGAAUUUAUUCGAGAUAGAUGUUUUCUAUUUUACUAAGUCUGAUAAACAGAGAGGCCUGACUUGUUAAGUCAUGUAAUACCAGCAUUUACAUGCAGCAUUUGAUUAACUGUGCUUGAGUGGUUUUUAAUGUUAAGUGUUUCGUUAUUAGUCAAAAGAAUAAUGGCUAUAAUGGGUGUCUGGUACAUUUAAAUUUAACUUAUCAGCCGUUGAGGUUUUGGGGUACUUGUUUUUCAUUAACAACCAUCACUGCAUUUCAGUGUCUACAAUGAUGAAGCACAUAAGCAUUCCUGGUCAUUAUAGUUUCAUAAACUAGCAAAACCCGUCUCAGUAUUUCUUUGGGAGUCUUUGUUCUCAAAAACACGAGGAAAAAAAAAUGUUUGUACAAACUUUGCCAUUUCACGCUUAUUAAAAUAAAAUCAUCACUGGUUGCUAAUUACAAAUAUCUA